AUGAAACUCCCUUUCCUCUCUCUGACCUUGCUGGUCCUCCAGCUCGCAGGACGAGUCACCGCCACAAGACUGUCGCCAGCGAGUAAAGCCUUACAUGCAAGCACUCCUGCAGGCCAGGAGUGUUAUGGAGACGAGUACACGGCGACGCCUGCGACGUCGCCAGAUGCCUCGCACACCCUCUAUGAAGGCCAUUCAGACGUCAUGAACGCGAUUGAAGGCACUACGAAGAACCAAGAUGGUCAGGGGAGCACUUCCCACGGGGCCGAACAGCCCACCGAAAAGAAGGAGAGCGCGCUGAUGGACGUUGCCAGGCUGAAGAGCCUAGAGAGUGAAGGUCACCCAUCAGUCAUUGACAUCAAGAAUCUCAUAGAGCUGGCCCAGCUUGCAGUCCCGGUCUUCAACGGCAAGCCUGACAAGUUGAAAAGGUUCAGACACAACAAUCACAUCUCGAGGACGUCAUUGGUCACGGUGCACGAGGUCCUAGCCCUCGCACAGGCAGAAAAGGUUGCCAAGUAUAUCCAAAACAGACGCGGUCCGCCGCUAGCCACAGGGGGAGGUACUCCGCAGCAGCAAAAGAUCGAGCCCGUCAACGUCACCCAGCUUUCGAUCAAGUACUCAAGGACGCCGCUCUUCAUUUCGUUCCCAGAAAGCGAAGACGUGUCCAAGUAG